CACCGGUUCCUGGACACCCGCUGGCGAUGGCGUCUAGCGGCUGGCGCUGGUUUCGCGGCCUGUGGGCUGCUGGGCAGCCCCUGUUCCAAGGUCGUGCUCUGCUGGUCACCAACACCCUGGGCUGCGGCACUCUCAUGGCAGCGGGGGACGGCGCGCGCCAGUCCUGGGAAAUCCGCGCCCGACCCGGCCAGAAGUUUAACCCGUGGCGCUCAGCCAGCAUGUUUGCUGUGGGCUGCAGCAUGGGCCCCUUCCUGCACUACUGGUACCUAUGGCUGGACCGCCUGCUCCCUGCAUCUGGCUUCCGUGACCUCCCAAACAUCCUCAAGAAGGUCCUCGUGGACCAGCUGGUAGCCUCUCCUAUGAUGGGCGUCUGGUACUUCUUGGGCAUUGGCUGCCUGGAGGGCCAGACGCUGGAUGAGAGCUGCCAGGAGUUGCGGGACAAGUUCUGGGAAUUCUACAAGGUGGACUGGUGCGUCUGGCCAACUGCACAGCUGGUGAACUUCCUCUUUGUGCCCCCCCAGUUCCGAGUCACCUACAUCAACGGGCUGACGUUGGGCUGGGACACGUACCUCUCCUACCUUAAGUACCGGAUCCCUGAACCAAUGAUGCCCCCAGGUCGCGUGGCCCUGGGCACCGUGCAGACUGAGCUGCCUCACACUCCAGCUGGAUGCCAGACAGGACAAGACUGACCCCCCCCCACCUGGGUGGGAGGGGACAAGCUCCCAGGUGUCUACGACAGGUCCCGACCCCAGCCCAAGUGAGGCAUCUGGCUGGGCUGUCCCUUCCAAACCUAUUACUGGGUUACUUUCUCCACUUAAAACACAGCCAUAAAGAUGGACAGCCCUUCUCACGGGGCCUUCAGUGACCAGUGCCUGAGGUAACCCCUCCUCAGCACUGCACCCCGGCCAGCUCCACCCCGCCUAUACCGCCAUGGGCUCUGUUCCCCUCAGGCCCUGGGACCAAGGUGAGGGCCUGCCUGGAGUUAGCCGCAGUGUGCAGGCGUGGGCAGGGCCUAGCAGGCAGCAGUCUCAUCUCUAAUCACGGACUAUGGGAAUGCCAUUAAAUUCUCUGUAACUGAAAAUCCUGUGCAUGACCAGAGUUAGUGCUCACAGGAGACUGUCGUCCAUUCGCUUUAUUGGGUGUGUGUAGUGUAGUCAUGACAUCUCCUGGGGAACUGGGAGGCAGGUGUGACACUCAUGACUUCAGAACAGGUCUGGUGUGUGAGGGGUAGGGGUCCCAGAGUAGUGAGUACCCACAGUGACACCCCCCGAACUCCAAAACCAGAUGAACCCUGGGGGAUGAGGAGCCAGGUGGGCCAUUGCCUGGUUCUGACCCUCUGUGCUCCAUGCUGAGACCCCUACAGUAACUGUGGCCCACCGAGUCCCAGCCAAGGGGCUCGCAGGCCUGGCCCCAUCCCAUCACUGGAUCAGCCUGCUUGGGGUGUCAUCUGGCCCCCUCUUCAAAACCCUUAAGUGUUGAUGGGGGCAAAUUAAAAAAAAGGGAGGGUCAAGAGGUGAGCGGAGAGUUCACAGGGUCACAACACGCCACGGCAGAGUGGGACAGGGCUUAUGUACAGGGUGGGACACCUGAGCCCUUGGGGAUAUCUUCAAUAAAUAAAUAAAUAGCUACGAUAAUAAAUAAGGGUGAUGGGUAAGUCGGG